CCCGGAAACCCUAGCGACAAGCACCAGAAGCCGGGACCUCGCCGCCGUCAUCCUCCCACUCUUCUGCCCCCCGGAGAUCCACAGCUCCCCGUCGUCCAAAAUGAAGUUUAUUUCUGCCUAUCUUCUCGCCACCCUUGCUGGUAACCCUAACCCAUCUGCGGAGGAUCUCUCAACUAUUCUGGAGUCAGUUGGAGCUGAAGUUGACCAAGGCAAGAUGGAGUUUCUUUUGUCUCAACUGGCUGGUAAGGAUAUCACUGAGAUUAUUGCUUCCGGUCGGGAGAAGUUUGCUUCUGUUCCAUGUGGUGGAGGUGGCGUAGCUGUUGCAGCAGCUGCUCCGGUUGUUGGUGGUGGAGCUGCUCCUCAAGCUGAGGCUAAGAAAGAAGAGAAGGUGGAGGAGAAAGAGGAAUCCGAUGAUGACAUGGGCUUCAGUUUGUUCGAUUAGGGCCAUUCCUUGGAUUAUACCCAUUUUUGGUUAACUCGGGAAACAACCACCUAAACCUACCUUUCAGACUAGUCUAUUUCGUUCUGUAGCAACUCAGAUGCAGGAUAUUGCACUGAUAACUGCAUGGUCGAACCAUAGUUUUGUUAGAAAUUUAUUUACCAAUCAUUCGUUUCAGCAAAAUCAGCGCCGGUCAUGAUUUCUUGAGUU